GGGCCAGGCCGGUAUAAAUGCGCCAAGGGAGAACAUUUGGGCAUCAUUCGAUUUCUGAUUUUGCAACGAAGACGUCGGCUCAAAGGCCCCCUGGAAAAGUAAUCUCGAGUGCGGUUCGUCUGCGAAACCGGUAAUAGUUCGAUUCGCUGUGUGUGUUGUGUUGUUAGGAAAACUCGGAAAAACCGCGCUCAUUUAGCAUCGAGUAGAAAUGCGCUGUUUUCUGCCUCUGGUGGCCCUGCUCUUGGCAGCGGGUGUCCACGCGGAUGUCUCCCACCUGGACACAGAUCUCCAGGAGGAUGGCUACCAUUACAAGCAGCCGUCGGUGCCUUUUCCGCCUCCGGGAUCGGGAAAUGGCAUUGAGGAUUCGGGCAUAGGCCCAGGACCUUCUCCCUCGGCGCCGGCGCCGUCCUAUGGACCCCCGCAGACGCGUCCUCCUCCUCCUCCUCCACCACAGCCGACUCCACCAGCUCCUCGUCCUUCCUAUGGACCUCCUCAGACUCAGCCACCACGCCCUCCACCACAGCCAACUCCAUCGGCUCCUGCUCCACCACCUCCAUCCUAUGGCCCUCCGCAGACGCCCCCACCACGUCCUCCACCGCAGCCAACUCCCACGGCUCCUUCUCCACCACCAUCUUAUGGACCGCCGCAGACACCACCACCUCGUCCCCCACCGCAGCCAACUCCUUCGGCUCCAGCUCCAUCCUAUGGACCUCCCCAACCUCAGCCACCGGCACCACAGCCACCAUCGCCACAGCCUGGGCCUGAGUACCUGCCUCCGGAUCAGCCAAAGCCACGUCCAACGCCAUCGCGUCCUCAGCCGCCUCCACCACCACCACCUAGGCCCCAGACAACUCCAGGCUACGGACCACCACCGCCACCACCUCCGCCUAAGCCACAGCCUACUCCAGGAUACGGCCCUCCUCCACCACCACCUCCACCAAGGCCCCAGCCCACUCCAGGAUAUGGACCACCACCAGGACCUGGACCCGCUCCGCCGGCACCACAGCCGCCAAGACCACAGCCGCCACGCCCUCAGCCACCACGGCCACAGCCAGGAUCUGAGUACUUGCCGCCUCCUGGAGAGAAUGAGGUCACCCCGUCUCAACCGCAGCCAACUGCACCAGUGCCGGAAUACGGACCACCACAAUCCUCACCGCCUGCACCUCCCGCUGCACCCACAUACCAGCCACGCCCACCAGCACCACCAGCGCCUGCACCAGGACCUACUUAUCAGCCACGCCCUCCAGCACCACCAGCGCCUGCACCAGGACCUACUUAUCAGCCACGCCCCCCGAGUCCUCCUGCACCACCUGCACCAACAUAUCAGCCACAACCUCCUGCACCACCUGCACCUGCUCCAGGACCCACCUAUCAGCCACGUCCUCCAGCACCACCGGCACCAACUCCGGAGUACGGACCACCACCCCCCACCAGUGGUGGCGAUGAGGCGGGCUCCCUGGGACCCGAUGGCUACAAUUACAAUAAGCCUGCCAAACCCUUUACCUUCUAAAAAAGUACUCAAUACCACUGUCCUGUGAAUCACCAUUGGAGCCAGUUGCCCCGCCACUCAAAUCUUUUUCCAAAUAAAAACAAAUUUCAAAAGCCAAA